CUACAUGGUGCGGGUGCCAGCCUCCCCUCCUCUCUAGAACACUGGGAGAGCAUCUUUUAUAUGACGUCAUGACAGCUGCAUCAGCUGUGAGCCCGUGUGCUUUUCGCUUGCAAAUAUAUAUAUUUUUUGCUACCCGCAGCUUCUCUGACAACGGGAAUAUAUAUGAGAUUUUCCACAAACCCUGAAAUGGCUACACAGGAGGUACAACCGAAUGAGACUCUCACUAACCUAAAAGCGGAAUCGGACACGUUGAAAACGAAGCUGGAGGACGAAAGAGCGAAGCUGCACGAUGUCGAACGUGAGUGGUGCUGAAAAUGAGAGACGGAAGGAAAGUGAAGGCCCCCGAAUCAAAACAUCAUAUGCCUUCCGAAUAGGAUUGCAUGAAACAUUUAUACACGACCAUAUUAUAAUAUAUAUAUGCAUAUAUAUAGGCCUAUAUUGUGAAUUUGUCAUAUUGCUAUUAUUAGGCUACAGUGCAUUGAAUCGGUCAUUUGAAGAAAGUAGGUAAUUCUUCAUUAAUUUGUAAAUGGUUAUAAUAUUUAAAGCCACUUGCUCGACCAUGUAUUAUUUUUUCCCCACUCGGAUUUGUUCAAAUGACAAGCUGCAUUUCCAUCUGCAAUUAGACAUAUAGCCUUUGGUUGAAUUUACUCCACCAUUUGCGAUUUAUUUUCACACUCAAAAGCACAGUUGUAUUAUAGCCGAGAUGGCGCUUAGUUUGUCGACCUUGUUGAGAUCAGAGAGACGGAUUUUAACAUCUCUAACCGGUUACUGCGGUUUAAUAUUAAUCGCCAACCCGAUGGGAUAUAUUAACGCUAGAACACAUUAAGACAGUGCUCAGCUCAUGGUAUGAUAACCUCAUUAACUAACGUCUGAUAUUUGUCCCUAUAACAACAGUACACUAACGUUGGAUAUUGCUUGGUCUCUAUAACUAACCACUCUAACGUUAGAUUGAUCCCCUAAACAAAUCAAAUCAAAUCCAAAUGUAUUUGCCACAUGCGCCGAAUACAGCAGGUGUAGACAUUACAGUGAAAUGCUUACUUACAAGCCCUUAACCAACAAUGCCGUUAAAAAAAAAAAGAACAAUGUAAAAGAAAAAAGUGUUAAUGAAAGAAAAAUAGAAAAUAAAAGCAAAUAGCUAAAGAGCAGCAGUAAAAUAAAAUAACAGUAGGGAGGCUAUAUACAGGGGGGUACCGGUACAGAGUCAAUGGGAAAUAACAGUAGGGAGGCUAUAUACAGGGGGGUACUGGUACAGAGUCAAUGGGAAAUAACAGUAGGGAGGCUAUAUACAGGGGGGUACCAGGACAGAGUCAAUGGGAAAUAACAGUAGGGAGGCUAUAUACAGGGGGUACCGGUACAGAGUCAAUGGGAAAUAACAGUAGGGAGGCUAUAUACAGGGGGUACCGGUACAGAGUCAAUGGAAAAUAACAGUAGGGAGGCUAUAUACAGGGGGUACCGGUACAGAGUCAAUGGGAAAUAACAGUAGGGAGGCUAUAUACAGGGGGUACCGGUACAGAGUCAAUGGGAAAUAACAGUAGGGAGGCUAUAUACAGGGGGUACCGGUACAGAGUCAAUGGGAAAUAACAGUAGGGAGGCUAUAUACAGGGGGUACUGGUACAGAGUCAAUGGGAAAUAACAGUAGGGAGGCUAUAUACAGGGGGUACUGGUACAGAGUCAAUGGGAAAUAACAGUAGGGAGGCUAUAUACAGGGGGGUACCGGUACAGAGUCAAUGUGCCGGGGGCACCGGCUAGUCGAGGUAAUUGAGGUAAUAUGUACAUGUGGGUAGAGUUAAAGUGACUAUGCAUAAAUAGUAAACAGAGUAGCAGCAGCAUAGAAGAGGGGGAUGGGGUGGGGUGGGGGGGGGGGCAGUGCAAAUAGUCUGGGUAGCCAUGAUUAGCUUUUCAGGAGUCUUAUGGCUUGGGGGUAGAAGCUGUUAAGUAGCCUUUUGGACCUAGACUUGGCUCUCCGGGACCUCUUGCUGUGCGGUAGCAGAGAGAACAGUCUAUGACUAGGGUGGCUGGAGUCUUUGACAAUUUUUAGGGCCUUCCUCUGACACUGCCUGGUAUAGAGGUCCUGGAUGGCAGGAAGCUUGGCCCCAGUGAUGUACUGGGCCGUACGCACUACCCUCUGUAGUGCCUUGCGGUCGGAGGCCGAGCAGUUGCCAUACCAGGCGGUGAUGCAACCAGUCAGGAUGCUCUCGAUGGUGCAGCUGUAUAACUUUUUGAGGAUCUGAGGACCCAUGCCAAAUAUUUUCAGUCUCCUGAGGGGGAAUAGGUUUUGUCGUGCCCCCUUCACAACUGUCUUGGUGUGUGUGGACCAUGAUAGUUCGUUGGUGAUGUGGACACCAAGGAACUUGAAGCUCUCAACCUGUUCCACUACAGCCCCGUCGAUGAGAAUGGGGGCGUGCUCAGUCAUUUGCACUAAUGUCUGAUAUUGGUCCACAACUAACCACUUUUAACAUUGGAUCUUGGUCCAUACUCUCUACAACAGUACACCAGGUGGCGGAGAAGGUGGAUGGACUGGGCCAGUUUAUCAUGAAGACCCGGCGGACUCUGAAGGGACAUGGCAACAAAGUUCUCUGCAUGGACUGGUGUAAGGACAAGAGGAGGAUUGUCAGCUCCUCACAGGUGAGUAUUGGAUUAUUGGGCAGGUUUCUGAAGUCCCUAAAAGAUGCGUUCAUGCAGUCACCACUCUAAAUAUAUGGACGGUCGCUGUCCAUGGUAGGCCCACUAAGUGUACAUUCUGAACCUUGUUUGAGGCCAGUAGGUCACAUGACCAAGGAGCUAUUGAAAUUUUACAUUUGGAAAAAUUCAUGUAAAAUCACCUGAGAUUAAAAGGGACAAACAAAAGGGUGUGCAAUAUAGAAGGGUAGUCAGUGGACAUUCUGAACCUUGUUUGAGGCCAGUAGGUCACAUGACCAAAGAGCUAUUGAAAUUUGAAUGUAAAAAAAGUUUGCACUUUGUUUACGCUCCCUAACUAAUUCAACUAGGAAUAGGGAAUGCUUGACUUCUUUCUUAUGUCAUUCUCAUUGGCACCAAAAGUUUUAAUAGUGUUGAUAGGGGACAGAAUGCGGUCAGACCAUCAUAUAAUUGGCAUAUACAUUACUCUUACUGAAUUUCCACGUGGGCGAGGAUAUUGGAAAUGUAAUCAAAGCCUAUUGGAUAAUAACUUGUUUUUAACUAGGACAGAGGAAUUUAUAACUGAAUUGUUCCAUCAUAACAUAGGUACAGUAAAUCCCCUUAUUGUAUGGGACACUUUUAAAGGUGCCUUUAGAGGCCAUGCAAAUACUCAUUUUGAAAACAAAAGCAAUUUAGGUCAAAAGAGUCCAUACUAACAAAGGAAAUAGAAGGUCUAACAGAACAGAUAUAUAGCAAUAAAAACUGUAACAUAGAGGCUCAGAAUAAAUUAGAGAAAAAAUAAAAAUAAAUUGAGAAACUUAUUCAAGAAAGAUCAAGUGUAAUAUAUUAUAAAAAUAAAGCAAACUGGAUGGAAUAUGGGGAAAAAUGCACCAAAUUCUUUUUUAAUCUUUAACAUAGAAAUGCUACCAAAAAGAAUUUACUGAAACUGGUUACAAAUGACAGUCAACCAUGAUUCACCUAAUUAUAUUUUGAAGGAGGAAGCAAAGUACUUUAAGGAUAUGUUUUCGUUUCAGUCGCCUCCAUCUCCUCUAUCUGAAGCUAAUUGUAUGGAUUUUUUUUCUAUUGAUAAUGUAAAAUUAACAGCCAUACAGAAAGACUCAUGUGAAGGUGAAAUUACAGAGGAGGAACUUCUGGACGCAAUUAAAGACUUUAAGUCCGGGAAAACUCCAGGGUUGGAUGGUCGGCAAUUUUUUAUUUAUUAUUGCCAUUGAGAUAUUAAAAUCAGAUCCAACAAUAAUAUCAAGGGAUUAGAAAUCCAGGGCUUAAAAACAAAGGUGUCAUUGUACGCUGAUGAUUCAUGUUUUCUUUUAAAUCCACAACUUGAAUCCCUCCACAGCCUCGUAGUGGAUCUAGAUACAUUUUCUAACCUCUCUGGAUUACAACCAAAUGAUGAUAAAUGUACUAUAUUGCGUAUUGGAUCACUAAAAAAUAAAACAUUUACAUUACCGUGUAGUUUACCAAUAAAAUGGUCUGAUGGUGAUGUGGAUAUACUCGGAAUACAUAUCCCAAAUGAAAUGAUCUCACUCCAAUAAAUAUUAAUAGAAAGUUAGAAAAAAUAGAUAAGAUCUUGCUACCAUGGAAAGGUAAAUACCUGUCUAUUUGUGGAAAAAUCACCCUGAUUAACUCUUUAGUAUUAUCCCAGUUUACCUAUUUGCUUAUGGUCUUGCCUACACCUAGAGAACAGUUUUUUUAAUUAUAUGAGAAAAAAAUAUUCCAUUUUAUUUGGAAUGGCAAGCCAGACAAAAUUAAACGGGCCUAUUUAUAUAAUGAAUAUGAAUUCGGAGGACAGAAAUUAUUAAAUAUUAAAGCAUUAGACCUAUCACUAAAAGCUUCGGUCAUACAAAAGUUAUACUUAAAUCCGAAUUGGUUCUCUAGCAAAUUAGUACAAUUGUCUCACCCCAUGUUCAAGAAUGGCCUUUUUCCCUUUAUUCAGAUUACAACCUUUCACUUUCAGUUAUUUGAAAAGGAAAUCAUCUCCCAAAUAUCACUAUUUCUAAAACAAGCCAAAGAAAGUUGGUUGCAAUUUCAAUUUAGUCCUCCAGAAACGACAGAACAAAUAAUGCAACAAAUAUUGUGGUUAAACUGAAAUAUACUAAUUGAUUUAAAAAAACAUUAUUUUUUGAAGAAGAAAAAAAAAAAAAAAAGGUAUAAUCUUUGUAAAUGAUAUCAUAGGUAGAACUGGUGGAGUUAUGUCGCACAUGCAGCUAACAAAAACAUAUGGAAAUGUCUGCUCUACCCAAAAUUACAACCAAAUAAUUGCAGCAUUACCGCAAAAAUGGAAGAGGAAAGUGGAAGGGGGAAAAUGUAAUGAACUUGUCUGUCGGCCCUGCAUUAAAGACCAUAAUUGUACAGUUGAGAAAUAUAUGGCAAGUAGAAAUCCAAUAUGGAUGGUGUUAAGAGAUAGAUGGGAGGGGUUGAAUGGAGCUGAAGGUUGGGACUAAUAACAACAAGAUAACUAAUGUAAAACAUACUGUGUCCAUAAUACGUAUAUAGUUUAUAGGUUGAGAGCUUUUGUGAAAAAGAGCACAGUUUGGGGGAUAUGGCAUGUAGAGGCAAACCGGAUGGACAUCAUGAAAAUGAUCAGAGAGGGUAGAGGAAGUUCAGGAGCAAAAACAAACAAAAUAUAAUUAUUGUAAAAUUGACUGUUUCCAUAAAAUGUAUAUAGUAUGUAUAAGCUGGAAGUAGAGGCCUAAUCAUUGUUGUUAUCUUAUCCAGAGCGACUUACAGUUAGAGUCUGCUAAAUGACAAAACAUGUAAAUGUAAAAAAAAUGUUUGAAAGCGCGAAUAUCCAACCUGAAACAGUCUUUAACUCUGUAAAGAUGUACUAUUAUAUUGACAAGAUAGUCGAGUGACCGCUCUAACAAUGGAAAUACAUGUCUUCAAAGAUGGAAGGCAGGCGGGAGGAGGCGAGAUCAGGUGGGACCAUUCUAGCCAAUGAGAGGGCAGAUAUGCGCAUGAACAACAGGCACAGCUCUGAUAUAACGUUUUUUUUUUUCAAAGUUGCUGAAAUGCCACGUGCGUCCACUUAUAUAAGUGCCUUCGUAAUAACCUAACCAUUAAGAAACUUCUAUUCAAUCAAAUAAGCCUCACAUAGCAAAUUAGCAAUUCAAGUUUUUGUUGACCAAAUCCGACACUCUCUCAUUGACCUCCAUACAACAAUUCCUCAAUUUGUGAUCAAAUUUUCGUGGACAGAUUUUGUGCGGAGUAAACCCUCUCGCUUUGCCUCUUCGUCUCUUAUUGUAAGCACAUCAUAGCUGAAUUAGAGGUUUGGAAAGGUCCUAAAACGGAUGUGUCCAUUCAGUAACCACCGCUGAGAUACUGACUUUCUGUUUAAAAUAAUAUGGACUGCUUUCAGUGGUUAUAACAUUUGUGGCAUUUUGUUGGAAAUGUAGAGAAUCUUAGGCCUGUGUGCCACUUCUAAUGUUUUUUCCUAAUCUAACUUAUUUUCAGGAUGGAAAAGUAAUUGUAUGGGAUGCCUUCACGACUAACAAGGUAGGGAAUCUUUUUUUCUCUGUCCAGAAAGGCUAUAGAGUUGACAAAUGCUUGGAGAAAUAGAGAGACUUCUGUAGUUAUUUGAUCUGAUUUUGGAUGAACGAGAACAUUUGUGCAUCCCAAAUAGCACCCUAUUCCCUACAAGGUGCACAACCUUUGACCUGUGCCCUUUUGACCUGUGACAUUGCCAGUGCUCCCUUUGAAGCACUGGCAAAGGGAGCACCCCCCCCCCCCCCCCCCCCCCCCCCCACCCCCCACCCCCCACCCAGAAAUCUGAUAUGUCGUCUCUGAAUAUAUUGAUCAUUUUCAACCAAGACUCAUCAAUCUCACCGAAGAAAACAUCAGAGCGAGUGAAACAGCGCCCCUCUGUCUUAGCAUUUGUAGCCCAAGUAUCUGAUGCUGUCUGGUCAAAAAGAGUAUGACAUGUCAUACUCUUUUUGGCCAGACAGCAUCAGAUACAUGGGCUACAGAUACUAAGACAGAGGGGCGCUGUUUCAAUCGCUCGGAUGCCCUUUCAGGUUAAAUAAAUUCAGCCUCUUGCCAAUUGAAGGAAAAUUAUGAAACACGGAUAUACUCGAAUGAGAAAUAAUUGUAUACGUUUGUUUCUUUUUUUAUUGUUAACAUAUUUUGGGAAGCCUGGCUUCCCUUGGAUGAAUACACACCACUUUGUAGGCUGGAUGUCAUUACCCUAAUGGUGUUUGUAAUAGAUGUCCCUUUGCAUUCAAAUGGCGGGUGUACAGUGCACUGUUCGGUGGCUGGAAUUAUUUUGGAGCAGACUUUUUUUGAAUUGAUUUGUUUGACAAUCAGAUGAAAACGUCACGACUGGUUGUGUUCGUGACACGUUUAAAAAGGUCACACAUUUUACAGUUAAAUUACGUCUUUACUCGACAGCCGAUAGGAAAUGUUGUGCGGGUGCAAACGUGUGGACACAUGAGGAGGUGUUGUUUAAAAAAAACAUAGAGACCCUGAACGUCACGGUGUAAUUCACACUCUGGCACUUUACUGCUGUAUGCUAAUGCCCUUAGAUAAGAUCCUGACCUUGAACGCAAACACUGUAACACCUUUUGGAAUUGAUUUAUGAUUGAUUUGAACGGGGAAAUGUACCAAACCUGAGCUGAAGCAUUUCAUGCGUUGAACCAUCAAGAAUUACAGUAUAUUGAAAAAAAUCCACCUUGCAUCGAUUAAGGUAAAAAAAUGUUUAUCCCCCCCCCGCCCCCAACCCCCCUACUAAACUGGGUCUGUGCCCCACCUUGGCCACCCCAUUCAAAAUGGCCACCCCAUUCAAAAUGUUCUGGACACGCCACUGCUAUGGAACUUAGUCAAAAGUAGUGCACUAUUUUUUUUUUAUAUAUAUAUUUUUGUUACCUUUUGAGUCCCAUUGAAACCAAGGUCUCUUUUGCAUCACACAAUUACACAACAUUUACACAGUCAUGGUACUAUAUAGGGAAUAGGCGGCAGGUAGCUUAGUGGUUAAGAGCGUUGUGCCAGUAACCGAAAGGUCGCUGGUUCUAAUCCCCGAGCCGACUAGGUGAAAAAUCUGUCGAUGUGCCCUUAAGCAAGGCACUUAACCCUAAUUGCUUCUGUAAGUCGCUCUGGAUAAGAGCGUCUGCUAAAUGACUAAAAUGUAAAUGUAAAAUGGAAUAGGGUGAAAUUCGGGACAUAGUCAUGGUACUAUAUAGGGAAUAGGGUGAAAUUCGGGACACAGUCAUUGAUUUUCAUAGCAAGUUCUAUUCUUGCCUUUCCAUAGGAAGAGCCAAUAGUUUCUCUCGGCCAAAUCCUUUGGCAGAUUUAAAUUCUGUUGUUGUGGUUGCUUAUUUUCGCAAGCAGGGAGUUUCCCCGAUGAGUUGAUGAUGUCAUGUUGUUGAGUUUCACUUGUGUAUUUUGAGAUUGAUUACAUUGCAGUUGAACUGUACAGAACUGUGCUGUGCAGAAUCACUGAUGAAAUCACCUUGCGUCCCAAAUAACUACUCAUUAUCUGAUCAAGAUUGGACAUUCUGCGCCUCGUCGCCUUGCUGAAACUGAUCCCCUCAAAAACGCUGAUUGUCUUCUAGGAGCAUGCAGUGACCAUGACGACGCUGAUUGUACCUUUAUAACAUGGUCUCCUCUAGGAGCAUGCAGUGACCAUGACGACGCUGAUUGUACCUUUAUAACAUGGUGUCUUCUAGGAGCAUGCAGUGACCAUGCCGUGCACCUGGGUGAUGGCCUGUGCCUACGCUCCUUCUGGAUGUGCAGUGGCCUGUGGGUAAGUUCCCCAGCUCCACCCGGACGCUCCAUUUCCCCACUGUGCCACUGCGCUUCUGCUGUGCUACUGUGAAGCAUUGUAAAUUUAAAAUGGAUUGUAUUUCAGUGGUCUGGACAACAAGUGCUCAGUGUACCCUCUGUCCUUGGACAAGAAUGAGAACCUGGCAGCGAAAAAGAAGUCUGUCGCCAUGCACACCAACUACUUAUCCGCCUGUAGCUUCACCAACUCAGACAUGCAGGUUAGAGAAGACACCUUUUCAUCUUCUUCUGAUGUAAUGAUUAUUUGUCGUACAUUUGUAUAUUUUGUUGUUGAAUUACUUGAUUGUUGCAAAUUCAGUUUAAAAGAAAAACCUACAGAUAUGCCGAAUCUUGAUUUGAGCCAGUUUCACUCAUCGGGAAAAUAAUCCUGCAGCAACAGGAAAUGUGAAUUGUUAUGUGGAUUAUAAUUCAUGGAUUUUUUUUAGUAGGGGUUGAUAUAUUUUUUGUUAGGGCAAAUCAAGUCUGACAUUUUAAAGUGGAAAUUACAAACUUGGGAAACCUUUUUAAACCUCAAAUACACUACAAGUUUGCAUUUCCUGCAGGGCAGGAACAUUUCUGCAACAGGAUGAUCAAAUUAGGAUAUGGCAUCUGAAUUUCUUCUACUUUCCUAUGGCAGAUGAGUAAUGGGAAAUCACUGCCUGUCAUACUGUGCUGCACUCUAUGCCCGACCUGGAAAUAACUUCCAUUCUUGUUUAAUAAUUCACAACUAUCAAAUGUUCCCCGAUUGGAUGUGGUUAGUCACAUGCUUUAGUCUCGGCCAAGACAGCUCUAUUUAUAGGGCAGUGUCAGAGAAUUUGGAAUUCUGAAUCUGAACAGCCAACGGUAUUAGAAUGACUUCCUUCUGACCUGUGUGGUUGUACUUUGCUCUCUGUGGGCUGGUUUCCCUGAUAUAUUCAAUAUAUAAUAUUUUUUUGUCCUGAAAUGAGUCUAAUAUAGGUCUGGGAAACCGGUCCCAUAUGUACAUUAUGGGGUGAAUCCUAACCUUUACCUUAAGUCACAUUUUCACUUAGUCUCCCAUUUGACAUUCAAUGAAUACUAAGUGGCGGUUAGUAUUCACCUCCUGUAUGGAACCCCUUCGCGUUCCAGAUCCUGACAUCGAGCGGAGACGGAACCUGCGCAUUAUGGGAUGUGGAGAGUGGUCAGCUGUUGCAGAGUUUCCAUGGACACGCCGCCGAUGUCCUCUGUCUGGACCUGGCUCCUUCUGAGACAGGCAACACCUUCGUCUCUGGGGUGAGGGGAGCACUGGUAGUAUCGUCUCUGGGGUGAGGGGAGGACUGGUAGUAUCGUCUCUGGGGUGAGGGGAGCACUGGUAGUAUCGUCUCUGGGGUGAGGGGAGGACUGGUAGUAUCGUCUCUGGGGUGAGGGGAGGACUGGUAGUAUCGUCUCUGGGGUGAGGGGAGGACUGGUAGUAUUUCACUGGGGUGAGGGGAGGACUGGUAGUAUUUCACUGGGGUGAGGGGAGGACUGGUAGUAUUUCACUGGGGUGAGGGGAGGACUGGUAGUAUUUCACUGGGGUGAGGGGAGGACUGGUAGUAUUUCACUGGGGUGAGGGGAGGACUGGUAGUAUUUCACUGGGGUGAGGGGAGGACUGGUAGUAUUUCUCUGGGGUGAGGGGAGGACUGGUAGUAUUUCACUGGGGUGAGGGGAGGACUGGUAGUAUUUCACUGGGGUGAGGGGAGACUGGUAGUAUUUCACUGGGGUGAGGGGAGCACUGGUAGUAUUUCACUGGGGUGAGGGGAGGACUGGUAGUAUUUCACUGGGGUGAGGGGAGGACUGGUAGUAUUUCACUGGGGUGAGGGGAGGACUGGUAGUAUUUCACUGUAUUGUCCCACAGUGGAGAAAUGGUAAAUAAACAGUCUGACUCCUCUUCUAAACCUCCCUCCGAUUUUCCAGUCUUUUAUCUUUACUUUCCUUUUGUAUUUUUUCCGAUUUUAUUCAGAGAGAGAGUUUUGAAAUGAUAAGGGGAAACAGGUGAAAAGGCAACAUAGUGUGGAAAUCGUGACAGCCUUGAGAUUACAACCCCCCGCCUCUAGGGGCAUGUGUGGUCCAGACUGCAAAGAAACUAACUGUGUUGCAUUUGACCUAAUGUGGAUAUUUUCAUUUAACCUUUUAUUUAACCAGAAAAGGUAAACCCUAUUUUGGGUUAAACCUUUCAAAAAGUCAGCAAUAAUUCAUGAAUUCAUAAUCUUUCUUCUGUGUUUCUAAUGCAGGGCUGUGACAAGAAGGCCAACGUAUGGGACAUGCGCUCAGGCCAGUGCAUCCAGUCCUUCGAAACCCACGAAUCAGACAUCAACAGCGUCAGGUGAGGUCACAAGAUAUUAAUUUAUUCAAAGGGACUUAGAGACCUGUCAACGCUGACAAUGACAUACGGUAUAUACCCCUGUAUUAAUAUUAAGUGAGCCCAGGGACUGCAGUUGAAAAACUAGCUGACACUGUCCCUGUAAAACUAAGCUUAAUAAAGUAAAGUCCUUGCAUGGUUUCUUAUAUAACCUGGCGUUUCUCUCCUUCUUGGCAUCAGGUACUAUAUAACCUGCUGUUUCUCCUCCAUCAGGUACUAUAUAACCUGGUGUUUCUCUCCAUCAGGUACUAUAUAACCUGCUGUUUCUCCUCCAUCAGGUACUAUAUAACCUGGUGUUUCUCCUCCAUCAGGUACUAUAUAACCUGCUGUUUCUCUCCAUCAGGUACUAUAUAACCUGGUGUUUCUCUCCAUCAGGUGCUAUAUAACCUGCUGUUUCUCUCCAUCAGGUACUAUAUAACCUGGUGUUUCUCCUCCAUCAGGUACUAUAUAACCUGCUGUUUCUCCUCCAUCAGGUACUAUAUAACCUGGUGUUUCUCUCCAUCAGGUACUAUAUAACCUGCUGUUUCUCCUCAUCAGGUACUAUAUAACCUGCUGUUUCUCUCCAUCAGGUACUAUAUAACCUGCUGUUUCUCCUCCAUCAGGUACUAUAUAACCUGGUGUUUCUCCUCCAUCAGGUACUAUAUAACCUGGUGUUUCUCUCCAUCAGGUACUAUAUAACCUGCUGUUUCCUCCAUCAGUACUAUAUAACCUGCUGUUUCUCCUCCAUCAGGUACUAUAUAACCUGCUGUUUCUCUCCAUCAGGUACUAUAUAACCUGUGUUUCUCUCCAUCAGGUACUAUAUAACCUGCUGUUUCUCCUCCAUCAGGUACUAUAUAACCUGGUGUUUCUCUCCAUCAGGUACUAUAUAACCUGGUGUUUCUCUCCAUCAGGUACUAUAUAACCUGCUGUUUCUCUCCAUCAGGUACUAUAUAACCUGCUGUUUCUUCUCCAUCAGUACAUAUAACCUGGUGUUUUCUCCAAUCAGGUACUAUAAACCCUUUGCUGUUUCUCCCCAUCAGGUACUAUAUAACUGGUUUUCUCUCCAUCGGGUUUACUAUAUAACCUGCUGUUUCUCUCCACAGGUACUAUAUAACCUGCUGUUUCUCCCAUCAGGUACAUAAAAACCGGGGUGUUUCUCUCCAUCAGGUACAUAUAACCUGCUGUUUCUCUCCAUCAGGUACUAUAACCUGCUGUUUCUCCUCCAUCAGGUACUAUAUAAACCUGCUGUUUCUCUCCGUGGGUACUAUAUAACCUGCUGUUUCUCAUCCAUCAGGUACUAUAAAACCCUGGUGUUUUUUCCUCCACGGGUACUAUAUAACCGCUGUUUCUCUCCAUCAGGUACUAUUAUAACCUGUGUUUCUCUCAUCAGGUACUAUAUUCUGGGUUUCUUCCUCCAUCAGUACUAUAUAACCUGGUGUUUCUCCUCCAUCAGGUACUAUAUAACUGGUGGUUUCCUCCAUCAGGUACUAUAUAACCUGUGGUUUUUUCCAUCAGGUAUAUAUAACCUGGUGUUUCUCUCCAUCAGGUACUAUAUACCUGCUGUUUCUCCUCCAUCAGGUAUAUAUAACCUGGUUUUUCUCUCCAUCAGGUACAUAAAAACCCUGGUGUUUCUCCUCCUCAGGUACUAUAUAACCUGGUGUUUCUCCCAUCAGGUACUAUAUAACCUGCUGUUUCUCUCCAUCAGGUUUAUAUAACCUGGUGUUUUCCCUCCAUCGGUUUACAUAUAACCUGGUGUUUCUCUCCAUCAGGUACUAUAACCUGGUGUUUCUCUCCAUCAGGUACUAUAUAACCUGCUGUUUCUCUCCAUCGGGUACUAUAUAACGGGGUGUUUCUCUCCAUCAGUACUAUAAACCUGCUGUUUCUCCUCCAUCAGGUACUAUAAACCUGCUGUUCUUCCAAUCAGGUACUAUAUAACCUGGUGUUUCUCUCCAUCAGGUACUAUAUAACCUGGUGUUUCUCCUCCAUCAGGUACUAUAUAACCUGGUGUUUCUCUCCAUCAGGUAUAUAUAACCUGUGUUUCUCCAUCAGGUACUAUAUAACCUGGGUUUCUCCUCCAUCAGGUCUAUAUAAACUGGUGUUUCUCCUCCAUCAGGUCUAUAUAACCUGGUGUUUCUCUCCAUAGGUUACUAUAUAACUGGUGUUUCUUCCAUCAGGUACUAUUAACCUGGUGUUUCUCCCCCAUGGUACUAUUAACCUGGUGUUUCUCCCAUCAGGUACUAUAUAACCUGUUUUUUGGUUUCUCUCCAUCAGGUACUAUAAACCUGCUGUUUCUCCUCCAUCAGGUACUAUUAACCGGUGUUUCUCCUCCAUCAGGUACUAUAAAACCCUGCUGUUUCUCCCCAUCAGGUACUAUAUAACCUGGUGUUUCUCUCCAUCAGGUACUAUAUAACCUGGUUUUUCUCUCCAUCAGGUACUAAAAUAACCUGCUGUUUCUCUCCAUCAGGUACUAUAUAACCUGCUGUUUCUCUCCAUCAGGUACUAUAUAACCUGGUGUUUCUCUCCAUCAGGACUAUAUAACCUGGUGUUUCUCCUUUCCCAUCAGGUACUAUAUAACCUGGUGUUUCUCUCCAUCAGGUACUAUAAAAACCUGGUGUUUCUCUCAUCAUGUACUAUAUAACCUGGUGUUUUCCCCAUCGGGUUUACUAUAUAACCGCUAUUUCUCCUCCAUCAGGUAAUAUAUAACCUGGUGUUUCUCCUCCAUCAGGUACUAUAUAACCUGCUGUUUCUCUCCAUCAGGUCUAUUAACCUGGUGUUUCUCUCCAUCAGGUACUAUAUAACCUGCUGUUUCCCUCCAUCAGGUACUAUAAAACCCUGCUGUUUCCCCUCCAUCGGUACUAUAUAACCUGGUGUUUCUCCUCCAUCGGGUACUAUAUAACCUGCUGUUUCUCUCCAUCGGUACUAUAUAACCUGCUGUUUCUCCUCCAUCAGGUACUAUAUAACCUGCUGUUUCUCUCCAUCAGGUUACUAUAUAACCUGCUGUUUCUCUCCAUCAGGUACUAUAUAACCUGGUGUUUCUCCUCCAUCAGGUACUAUAUAACCUGGCUUUUCUCCUCCAUCAGGUACUAUAUAACCUGGUGUUUCUCUCCAUCAGGUACUAUAUAACCUGGUGUUGUUUGUCUAUACUGGGUUUCCCCAUCAGGGUACUAUAUAACCUGGUGUUUUCUCCUCCAUCAGGUACUAUAUAACCCUGGUGUUUCUUCUCCAUCAGGUACUAUAUAACCUGCUGUUUCUCUCCAUCAGGUACUAUAUAACCUGGCUGUUCUCUCCAUCAGGUACUAUAUAACCUGGUGUUUCUCCUCCAUCAGGUACUAUAUACCCUGCUGUUUCUCCUCCAUCAGUGACUAUAUAACCUGGUGUUCUCUCCCAUCAGGUACUAUAUAACCUGGUGUUUCUCUCCAUCAGGUACUAUAUAACCUGUGUUUCUCCUCCAUCAGGUACUAUAUAACCUGCUGUUUCUCUCCAUCAGGUACUAUAUAACCUCUUUUUUCCCUCCAUCAGGUACUAUAUAACCUGCGGGUUUCUCCCAUCAGGUACAUUUUAACUGGUGUUUCUCCUCCAUCAGGUACUAUUUUAACUGGUGUUCUCUCCAUCAGGUACUAUAUAACCGGGUUUGUUUUUUUCCAUCAGGUAAUAUAUAACCUGGUGUUUCUCCCCAUCAGGUACUAUAUAAACCUGCUAUUUCUCCUCCAUCAGGUACUUAUAACCUGGUGUUCUCCUCCAUCAGGUACUAUAAAAACCUGCUGUUUCUCUCCAUCAGGUAACUAUAUAACCUGGUGUUUCUCUCCUCAGGUACUAUAAAAACCUGUGUUUCUCCUCCAUCAGGUACUAUAUAACCUGCUGUUUCUCCUCCAUCAGGUACUAUUAACCUGGUGUUUCUCCGCCAUCAGGUACUAUAUAACCUGCUGUUUUCUCCAUCAGGUCCCUAUUAACCUGCUGUUUCUCUCCAUCAGGUCCCUAUAUAACCUGCUGUUUCUCUCCAUCAGGUACAUUUUAACUGGUGUUUCUUCCAUCAGGUACUAAUAACCUGGUGUUUCUCCUCCUCAGGUACAUAUAACCUGUGUUUCUCUCAUCAGGUACUAAUAACCUGGGUUUCUCUCCAUCAGGUAUAUAUAACCUGGUGUUUCUCUCCAUCGGGUACUAUAUAACUGUGUUUCCCUCCAUCAGGUGCUAUAACCUGGUGUUUCUCUCCAUCAGGUACUAUAUAACCUGCUGUUUUCUCCCAUCAGGUACUAUAUAACCGGGGUGUUUCUCUCCAUCAGGUACUAUAUAACCUGGUGUUCUCCUCCAUCAGGUACUAUAUAACCUGCGGGUUUCUCUCCAUCAGGUUUACAUAUAACUGGUGUUUCUCCCAAAGGUACAUAUAACCUGGUGUUUCUCUCCAUCGGGUUACUAUAUAACCUGGUGUUUCUCCUCCAUCAGGUAUUUAAUUUAACCUGGUGUUUCUCUCCAUCAGGUACUAUAUAACCUGGUGUUUCUCUCAUCAGGUUACUAUAUAACCUGCUGUUUCUCUCCAUCAGUUACUAUAUAACCUGCUGUUUCUCUCCAUCAGGACUAUAUAACCUGCUGUUUCUCUCCAUCAGGUACUAUAUAACCUGGUGUUUUCUCUCCAUCAGGUACUAUAUAACCUGGGUGUUUCUCCUCCAUCAGGUACUAUAUAACCUGGUGUUUCUCUCCAUCAGGUACUAUAUAACCUGGUGUUUCUCUCCAUCAGGUACUAUAUAACCUGGUGUUUCUCUCCAUCAGGUACUAUAUAACCUGGUGUUUCUCCUCCAUCAGGUACUAUAUAACCUGGUGUUUCUCCUCCAUCAGGUACUAUAUAACCUGGUGUUUCUCUCCAUCAGAUACUAUAUAACCUGGUGUUUCUCUCCAUCAGGUACUAUAUAACCUGGUGUUUCUCUCCAUCAGGUACUAUAUAACCUGCUGUUUCUCCUCCAUCAGGUACUAUAUAACCUGGUGUUUCUCUCCAUCAGGUACUAUAUAACCUGCUGUUUCUCUCCAUCAGGUACUAUAUAACCUGCUGUUUCUCCUCCAUCAGGUACUAUAUAACCUGGUGUUUCUCUCCAUCAGGUACUAUAUAACCUGGUGUUUCUCUCCAUCAGGUACUAUAUAACCUGGUGUUUCUCUCCAUCAGGUACUAUAUAACCUGGUGUUUCUCCUCCAUCAGGUACUAUAUAACCUGGUGUUUCUCCUCCAUCAGGUACUAUAUAACCUGCUGUUUCUCCUCCAUCAGGUACUAUAUAACCUGGUGUUUCUCUCCAUCAGGUACUAUAUAACCUGGUGUUUCUCUCCAUCAGGUACUAUAUAACCUGGUGUUUCUCUCCAUCAGGUACUAUAUAACCUGGUGUUUCUCCUCCAUCAGGUACUAUAUAACCUGCUGUUUCUCUCCAUCAGGUACUAUAUAACCUGCUGUUUCUCUCCAUCAGGUACUAUAUAACCUGGUGUUUCUCUCCAUCAGGUACUAUAUAACCUGGUGUUUCUCUCCAUCAGGUACUAUAUAACCUGGUGUUUCUCUCCAUCAGGUACUAUAUAACCUGGUGUUUCUCCUCCAUCAGGUACUAUAUAACCUGGUGUUUCUCUCCAUCAGGUACUAUAUAACCUGCUGUUUCUCUCCAUCAGGUACUAUAUAACCUGGUGUUUCUCUCCAUCAGGUACUAUAUAACCUGGUGUUUCUCCUCCAUCAGGUACUAUAUAACCUGCUGUUUCUCCUCCAUCAGGUACUACCCCAGUGGAGAUGCGUUUGCCUCAGGUUCCGAUGACGCUACAGUGAGUGAUCACAUCCAUAUCAUUUACUGCUUGAUCACAGUUUAUGUCGCCCUUUUCAAUGUCAAAAUAUUUUACCCCGUUUGCAAAAAAAAAAUGGAGUUAUUAAUGCAUGUGUUUGUUUCAGUGUCGUCUGUAUGACCUGAGGGCAGACAGAGAAGUGGCCAUUUAUUCCAAAGAGAGCAUCAUAUUUGGUGCCUCCAGUGUUGACUUCUCGCUCAGUGGUAAGACACUGUAUUAAUUAACUCCAACUAGUACAUGUGCUCUUCUGUUUACCCAGUCUACACUUUAGUGAUCCAUGUCACUAACUAGUCUACACUUUAGUGAUCUAUGUCACUAACCAGUCUACACUUUAGUGAUCCAUGUCACUAACCAGUCUACACUUUUGUGAUCCAUGUCACUAACCAGUCUGCACUUUUGGGAUCCAGUCACUAACCGUCUACACUUUAGUGUCCAAAGUCACUAACCAGUUUACACUUUAGUGAUCCAUGUCACUAACCAGUCUACACUUUAGUGACCAUGUCACUAACAGUCUACACUUUAGUGAUCCAUGUCCCCUAACCAGUCUACACUUUAUGAUCCAUGUCACUAACCAGUCUACACUUAUGAUCCAUGUCACUAAACCAGUCUACACUUUAGUGAUCUUGUCACUAACCCAGUCUACACUUUAGUGAUCCAUGUCACUAACCCGUCUACACUUUUAGUGAUCUAUGUCACUAACCAGUCUACACUUUAGUGAUCCAUGUCACUAACCAGUCUACACUUUAGUGAUCCAUGUCACUAACCAGUCUACACUUUAGUGAUCCAUGUCACUAACCAGUCUACACUUUAGUGAUCCAUGUCACUAACCAGUCUACACUUUAGUGAUCCAUGUCACUAACCAGUCUACACUUUAGUGAUCCAUGUCACUAACCAGUCUACACUUUAGUGAUCCAUGUCACUAACCAGUCUACACUUUAGUGAUCCAUGUCACUAACUAAACCCAUCAUUAUUUGUACUAAAUCACACUACUACCAUUUGCUGUUGAAUAUGAACAGCUUAUUCUCACAUGAACCUUCUUAUCAGAGAUGAUGUGUUGCGUUUAUAUUGUUGAAAGACGACAUGUAUUUUCUUCUUAAGGCCGGCUACUCUUCGGUGGCUACAACGACUACACCAUCAACGUGUGGGAUGUCUUGAAGGGGACGAGGGUGUCCAUCCUGUUUGGACAUGAGAACCGUGUCAGCACUCUGCGUGUGUCUCCUGACGGAACGGCCUUCUGCUCAGGGUCAUGGGACCACACUCUC